AUGUCUGGGAUGGCGACGCUGCCGCGUGCAUUCUGCGUCUGUGUACUAAUCAGCUGGGCAGCUGCUGAUCCGAAUGAGCUCCGAAAGGCUGUCUCUGCUGGCAACGCAACGGAAGCUCAAGCACUACUCGACUCUGGGCAGGUCGAUUUCCCUGGAACCAGUGACCUCCAAGUCCAAGGCAGUACUGGCCUGCUCUUCACAGCUGCUGCCCGCGGGCACACAGAGGUCUUGCAGCUACUCCUUGCGAGAUGGCCUGAAGGAGCCCAGGCCAGCGAUGAGCAGGGCACAACGCCCGUGCACGUGGCGGCCGCACAAGGCCAGGUGAAUGCUCUGGAACUUCUAUGCAACAUGUGGCCCGACGACGUGCUUCCGAAGCUCAACACUGGUUGGACACCUCUGCACGCCGCGGCACACAAUGGGCAAGUGGAAGCUUUGAGGCUCCUGCUCUCAAAGUGGCCGCAAGGAGCCCAGGCUUCCACCCAUGGAGGUGGGACACCCUUGCACAUCGCAGCGAAGUUGGGCCAGUCGGAAGCCUUGAAGCUCCUGCUUGCAAGCUGGCCCCAGUGGGGCUCGGCUGUGCGUGGCAGCUGGACGCCCGUGCAUGCCGCCGCAUACAGCGGGCAGGUCGAGGUCUUGAGGCUCCUGUUGGAGGACUGGCCGCAAGGUGUCCAGGCCAAAGAUGAGUACGGCUCGACACCUUUGCUCAAAGCAGCCACCGAGGGCCAGAUCGAUGCCUUCCAUUUCUUAUUCCAGAGGUGGCCAGCGGGGGUUGAUGCCUUUGACAGUACAACAAUCACUGGCCUGCCAUGUGCCCUGGUGGUUGAUGUUGCAUGCAACCGCACCUCCAAGAGGAAAUGGAAGGAUUUAGCCACGGCUCUCCAGUGCGGAAGCCCAGGGAACCUUUCGGAGGCUUCUCUGCAGACCUGGCUUGACUGUGGAGGCGAUGUCCUUUGGCGGGACUCGCAUGGCUUCGGGCUCUUGUCGGUGUUGGAAGACGAUGAGGCAAGGAGACUCCUGAAGGCCCACAGAACCUUCGGGGUCUUGAUGCUGGCAGUCCUGAGGGACUGGCGCACCUACACGGUCCUGCUCUCCAUGGUGGUUGUAGCCGUGUGUGUCUCAAUGCUCGAGAAGCCCCGGGAGCCUCGGACCACAAAAGCCCUCGAUGAGGAGCUCUUCUUAGAUGGUGCCAAGCUCCUCGUCCAGGCUGGCUUGGGGUGCGCUUCUCAGAGGCUCUGGCGUUGGAUCGAAUUCUACCUGGCAGUGUUCUGGUUUGGCCUCCCCUUGUUAGUGUCAAGCUGGUUGUGGUGGCUGCCUUUGCUGGCCUUUUCAUACAUGACCCCAGCGGUUCUGAUUUACAGGUGCAGGGCUCCCUACCGUGACUUCGUCCUUACGACUCUCUUCACUGCGGCUCCUGCAAGCCAGACAGCUGCUUUCAUCCGCACCUUGGCUCUUGCCGGCCUCUUUGGUCUUGUGGCUCUGGGGCUGUAUCCUGUGGCCCCAUGGGCUGGAGAAGUGUGGCACGACACUUGGUUCGGCCCAUUGCUGCUUGAAUGGCAGAACAAGUUGCACAAGGAGUGGGCAACCAGCAGUUUGAGAGACAGCUGGCUGUUCUUUUGGGCACCUCCGGUAACAGCAAGCACCAUCUUCUGGGCGUUCUAUGCCUGCAGCGCUUGUGUGAUGCUGCUAUACCUCACCUGCCUGGGUGUAGCCCUUCUGCGAGGUUGCAUCUGCCGGAGGGUGCAGGCUAGCAGCAUGUGCAAGGCCAAGGACGAGAUGGUUUGGGACAUUCUGCAGAAGACACCUACCCAGUUUUCACAGGGGAGCUCAGCCAUGCAGCCGUGUCGCCGCAGCGGGCUCUGCUUCCGCCUGCUGCUGCAUUGGGUCGACACGGUGUUUCACGUCAACAGCCUCCUCAUGCUGCUGAUGACGCAGCACUACCUGUGCGCGGCCGCAAUGGCCUUUGCCAUAGCGAGGAGCACGCUCAGACAAUUUCGGCACCUAAGACCCUGGCGCCUGCGGCAGGCCAUCCAAGCGAGCCUUGAGCGUGGUCUCCUGCGCAAGGAUCUCAUCGAGUUCCUCCAGGAGGAGAAGCGCUCUGAGGCUUGUCUCUGCGCGUUCAUCACUUGCUACGCCCUGCUCUUCGUGGAGGCUGCGGAUCAACUGCUCCUGCUGCUCUGCAGCCUCACUCUCAGCACGUACCGCUACGCGGACUAUGCGGUUGCCUGCGAUGCCCUGCUGGCGCAACCCAGUUCUGUUGGCCCAGCGGCAAUCGCAGCCCAGUCGCACAUCUGCCCAGAGCCCGGGAACGAGGAGACGCCGCGCGAGCCAAAUCACGAGGAAGGUUUCAACGAUUAUGGAGAGUCCGAGGAGAUGUGUGAGUUCGGGAUGUAG